AUGGACCACACGGGCAGUCACUACGUGGGGCAGCGCGUCCACGGCAGGUUGGAGGGGAAAGGCACUUACACCCUUCCAACAGACACCAAAUACGUUGGUGAGAUGAAAGAUGGAAUGUUUCAUGGCAAGGGCACCUUGCACUUCCCUGGUGGGAGCAAAUAUGAAGGAACUUGGGACUGCGGAAUAGCCAUAGAGGGGAACUACACCUUUUCAGAUGGCUUGAAAUACACAGACGACAAGUGGCAUUACUGUGACGGUUAUGACAGACGGUUUUAUACAGAAAUCUGCAGUGGCCUGAAGCCUGCAGGCAUUUCUCAGCUUACAAACCUGAGUCCUCCUCGGGCCAUCCCAGAGGGCUGCUAUGACUGUGGCGAUGGCUUCUACAAUCCUCAAACCAGGGUGGUGGUUGAUUACAAACUACGGUUCCUAAGGAAUGCAGAUGACGAUGAACAUGAGUUGAUCAUCCGUACUUGCCGAAAAGGUUGGGACGAGAUCGUUGGCUAUACACCGAAAGAAUGA